UUUGGCUGGUGUGAAAUAGCCAAGAUAAGCGAACAUUGCCCACGAACGUGACAAGUGGCAGUAAAAUAAUGCAGAAAGUAGGAAACUUUGACAAGCUGGAGAAGAUCGGCGAAGGCACGUACGGUGUGGUUUACAAAGCGACAGACAUAUCAAAGCAAAAAUGCAUCGCUCUCAAACGCAUCCGUUUGGACAGCGAAACAGAAGGUGUUCCAUCAACAGCGAUGCGUGAAAUUUCGUUAUUGAAAGGCUUGAAACAUCAUACGAUCGUGGAGCUAUACGAUGUAGCCAUAAUUGACACUAGCAUCUACAUGAUCUUCGAGUACUUGGAUAUGGACCUUAAGAAGAUGCUCGAUCGCCACAAGAACUGCUUCAGCCCAAUGCUUGUGAAAAGUUAUAUGCACCAGAUGCUCGACGCCAUCGCCACCUGCCACCUGCACCGAAUUCUACAUCGCGACCUGAAGCCCCAAAACCUCCUGGUCGAUCGUAAAGGUCAUUUAAAGCUUGCCGAUUUCGGACUAGCACGUGCGGUCAACUUUCCCAUACGGGUGUACACACACGAGAUCGUCACACUAUGGUACCGGUCGCCCGAGAUUCUGCUGGGGACCAAAUUCUACUGUGUUGGUGUGGACACGUGGAGUCUGGGUUGUAUCUUCGCCGAAAUGAUCCUUAAACGGCCACUUUUUCCGGGCGACAGCGAGAUCGACCAGCUGUACAAAAUCUUUCGCCAACUGGGUACGCCAACCGAAAAUAUUUGGCCCGGUGUUUCCCAUUUGGCCGACUACAAGCGGAGCUUCCCGAAGUGGCAUCCGAACCCGUUGCCCAUGGAAUUGCAGAGCAAUGCCGAGGCGCACGCACUGUUUUGCGACCUGAUGCGUUACGACCCAACGGCUCGUUUGUCGCCGAAAGAUGCCAUGAGCCACCCAUUCUUUGAUGAUGUGAUGCUGAUUCCGCCGGAGCUAUAGGGCAACG